AGCUAUAAAUUUUUUUACAUAUGGAAAUGGCAAACGAAUUUUAACGAAUUGGAAUGGAGGAAAAGAAACACCAUUAGUACAAUGUACAGCUGCGAUUUUUGCAGGAAUUACGACAUCUACUUUAACAAAUCCUAUAUGGCUUGUGAAGACUAGAAUGCAACUUCAAAGUUCCUCUCUGACUUCACAAAAACCUAUCAAAUAUAAAAAUUCUUUGGAUUGUGUAAUUAAAGUUCUUAGAGAGGAGGGUAUACCGGGAUUAUAUAAAGGGCUAAGUGCUUCAUAUUUGGGUGUAACCGAAAGUACGAUACAUUGGGUUGCCUACGAAUACCUUAAGUCGAAACUUUCGGAACGUAGAAAGAAAGAGCAACUUAUAUCUGGUGAAUCCGUACAACCUUUUUAUUUACGCAUGUUUGAUAACCUGCUUGCCGCAGGUUUAUCUAAAUUCGUGGCAGCUUGCAUUAGUUAUCCUCAUGAAGUCAUACGGACUCGCAUGCGACAACUCCCUGCAGACGGUGUAUCUAAAUAUACUGGAAUUAUUCAAU